CCCCAGCCACAAUCACGCACACUGCCUGCACCAAGACCGCGGGUUACACACGCCACCGAUACACCCACCAGCACCAGCUAACGACCAGGAGAAGGCAGGCAAUGUCGGAAAAGCAGGGGCCCGCAGAACAACUGCCAGCCGGAAAAAGUCAGGGAGGGGUGGGUGGCAAUUACAAGGUGGUGCUGUUUGAGUUGGAGAAUUUCCAGGGCAAGAAGGUGGAGCUCUCUGCAGCGUGUAAGGAUGUGAACGAGAAAGGUGCGGAGAAAGUUGGCUCCGUGCUGGUCAACUCUGGACCGUGGGUUGGGUUCGCCCAGCAAGGGUUCAAAGGGGACCAGUAUGUUCUGGAGAAGGGGGAAUAUCCACGCUGGGCUACCUGGACCAGCAGCCAGAACAGCUACAGUCUGAUGUCUCUACGGCCACUCAAAAUCGACAGUGAACAGCACAAGCUGCACUUGUUUGAGGCAGAGGGGUUUGCAGGGAGAAAGAUGGAGAUCGUGGACGACGAUGUACCCAGCCUGUGGGCCCACGGCUUCCAGAACCGCGUGGGCAGUGUGAAGUCACUCAACGGAACGUGGGUGGGGUACACGUACCCAGGCUACAGGGGGCACCAGUUCGUGUUUGAGAAGGGAGAGUUCAAGCACUGUAACGAAUGGGGCUCGGCACAGCCGGAGAUCCAGUCAGUGCGCCGGAUUCUGGACAUGCAGUGGCACACAAAGGGCUGCUUUGACACCUCCGACCCCAAGCCCGCACCCCCACCCCCUGCCCCGCCCGCUGCCGCCGGCUCCAGCUGAAGGAGGAUCACCGGC